AUGCCUUCAAGUCGUGCCCGUUACAGGCCUACAAUGCUGCAGCCGCGAUCCGGCAGCUGCAGAUGUUGCGACUCUCGUCAAAUUCGAAUCGCAUCUCCUCGCAAAGGGCCUCCACUUCCGCAGCUUUUCCCGUUUAGCGUCAACACCAAUCGCCUCACACCGGGAUGCAUCUUUCUCGUUGAUUCAUUGUUCAAAUAUUUACCUGUAUAUUUCACCCAUGGUCUCAUGGAAUUCGCUGUGGUGUCCUUGCCGAGCACACUUCUCCACUUCUCACGAGUUCAGCACAUAUGGGACGUAUUGUGCGCAUUAAUCCUGCGCAUUUUGCCAGGAUCUCUCAUCGCUCGAAAUCUCCCUAGCCCUGCCUGA